AUGGACCGUGCCCAUCGUUUGGGUCAAACUAAACAAGUCACCGUAUAUAGACUGAUUACAAAAGGUACAAUAGAAGAGAGAAUUCUCCAACGCGCAAAGCAGAAAGAUGAGAUUCAAAAAGUUGUCAUAUCCGGUGGCGAAUUCAAGCAGGUUGACUUCAAACCACGUGAGAUUGUGUCGCUCCUUCUUGAAGAUGACGAGCUAGAAACAAAACUGAAAGAACAACAAUCUAAGCGAAGAGCCGAGGAAGAAGAAAGUAAGAAAAAAGGACGCGGUAAUAAACGCAGAAAAAAGGAAGCACCAGCAACAGGAUCUUCGGGAUCCUCAUAUAAGUCCCUUGAAGAACUUUGGCAUGAGGGUGAACCACAAAUGGUCGAAACUGAAGGAAGUGGGGUCACAACACCUUCGAGUUCGGUUGGUGGAACAAAAAAGAAGCGUACAUCUAAAGCAGGAGGCGCAAAAGCACCUGCUAAACCCAGGGCAAAAAAGGCAAACGUAUCUCGCGCGUCAAAAUCAACUAAAUCGAAGUCAAGUAAUUCGGAAACCAUGGAUACCGAAACUCUAUAA